GAGGGCUGGUAUAUUUGUGCCUGCUGGAGGUGGAAUUAACAGUAAGAAGGAGAAAGGGAUUGAAUGGAUUUACAGGAAGGUUUUCAAGUAAAUUCAGGGAAACACAUUUACUUGACUAGUACAACCUUGAGUCUUAUUUUACACUAAGGCAACAUAAAAGAUGUUAAAGUUAUCACCAAGCUGCCGGACAAAUAUGUAUUCCAACACCAAGGUGCAGAUCAGCAUAGAUCCGUGAUUCAGAACUCAGGAUUUGUUUUGGAGAGAGCUGGAGGGUUGAGAAGAACUCAAGAGCAAGUGAAGAUAACUUUGGGAACUACAGUUUAUCAGAAGAUCAACUUUUGUUAAUUCAAAUGCCAAAGGCCUGAUUAUCAUAAAUUCAUAUAGGAAUGCAUAGGUCAUCUGAUCAAGUAAUAUUGGCCGUCUUCUGCUACAUCAGUGCAGCAAAAUCUCUUAACAACUGUGGAUAAUUGGAAACCUGAGUUUCAGCUUGCUUAGAAAUAACUUGACACAUUCCAAAAUAUUCAAAAUAGGACAGGAAAAUCAGUAAGGAUGCUAUAUUCAGAGACGUCACUGUCACGAAGAAUAGGUAAAUUUGUUUUUUUCAGCUUUUGAGAAAGCGUACCUCCUGGGAACUUAGUGUCUUUGUAUUUUUUUUAUUAACAAGGACAAGAAGGACUAAAAAUAUCAACUUUUUCUUUUGGACAAAAAUGCAUCUGACUGUAUCUUUACUUAGGGGUAUUGUGGGUUUCCUCUGGAGCUGCUGGGUUCUAGUUGGCUAUGCCAAAGGAGGUUUGGGAGACAAUCAUGUUCACUCCAGUUUUAUUUACAGAAGACUACGGAACCAUGAAAGACGGGAAAUACAGAGGGAAAUUCUCUCUAUUUUGGGUUUGCCUCACAGACCCAGACCAUUUUCACCUGGAAAGCAAGCGUCUUCGGCACCUCUCUUUAUGCUGGACCUCUACAAUGCCAUGGCCAACGAAGAAAAUCCUGAGGAGUCGGAAUUCUCGCUGAGGGCAUCACUGGCAGGAGACACCAGAGGGACAAGACAGGGAUACCCAGCCUCUCCCAAUGGGUAUCCUCGCCGCAUACAGUUAUCUCGGACGACUCCCCUGACUACCCAGAGCCCUCCUCUAGCCAGCCUACAUGAUGCCAGCUUUCUGAACGAUGCUGACAUGGUCAUGAGCUUUGUCAACUUAGUUGAAAGAGACAAAGAUUUUUCUCACCAGCGAAGGCAUUAUAAAGAAUUUCGGUUUGAUCUUACUCAAAUUCCUCAUGGAGAAGCAGUGACAGCAGCGGAAUUUCGGAUAUACAAGGACCGGAGCAAUAAUCGAUUUGAAAAUGAAACAAUUAAGAUUAGCAUAUAUCAGAUCAUCAAGGAAUACACAAAUAGGGAUGCAGAUCUGUUCCUGCUGGACACAAGAAAGGCUGAAGCCUUAGAUGUGGGUUGGCUCGUCUUUGAUAUCACUGUGACUAGCAAUCACUGGGUGAUAAAUCCACAGAACAAUUUGGGCUUACAGCUCUGUGCAGAAACAGGGGAUGGACGCAGUAUAAACGUAAAAUCCGCUGGUCUUGUGGGAAGACAUGGGCCUCAGUCAAAACAACCAUUUAUGGUGGCCUUCUUCAAGGCAAGUGAGGUACUUCUUCGAUCCGUGAGAGCGGCCAACAAACGAAAAAAUCAAAACCGCAAUAAAUCCACCUCUCAUCAGGACUCCUCCAGAAUGUCCAGUGUUGGAGAAUAUAAUACAAGUGAACAAAAACAAGCCUGUAAGAAGCAUGAACUCUAUGUGAGUUUCCGGGACCUGGGAUGGCAGGACUGGAUUAUAGCACCAGAAGGAUAUGCUGCAUUUUACUGUGAUGGAGAAUGUUCUUUCCCACUCAAUGCCCACAUGAAUGCUACCAACCAUGCCAUAGUUCAGACUCUGGUUCACCUGAUGUUUCCUGACCAUGUACCAAAGCCUUGCUGUGCUCCAACCAAAUUAAAUGCCAUCUCUGUGCUGUAUUUCGAUGACAGCUCUAAUGUCAUUUUGAAAAAAUAUAGAAAUAUGGUAGUGCGCUCAUGUGGCUGCCACUAAUAUUAAAUGAUAAUGAUAAUAUCAAAAGAUCUGUAUUAAGGUUUAUGACUGUAAUAAAAAGGCAUAUUUUCAGAAAAAAAGGGGAAUUUCCUAAAAUUAGUCUGGCUCAUUUAAUCUCUUUUCAUAUGUACGAUAUCAUGUAUAUAACCAUUUUUAUUUAUUUAGAGAUAUAUAAGUCUCCUUUGUGGGUGUAUUAUCAAUAAAAUCUAUUUUAUAGGUCACUAUUUUAUGCAAUAGAUUGCUCAGUCUAACUUUCAAUUGGAUAUGCUAAGUCCAAUUCCAUUUCAACAUUUUUUUCUAAUAUGAGUUUUAUAUAAUUUUCUGAAAUUAGACAGAACGCCUUUGACUGUUUAAUAUUAUUGAAGGAAAUUGAAUACGUUUGGUUAUGCUGUGCCAAUGAAAACUAUGAUAGGAUAUUUAUUUAGAAAUAAAACUGAAAUAAAAUAAGACUAAACAAAAAUGCUUGAAUAAACACUUUUUUCUUUAUAGUUUCUGCUUCAUUAGAUAAAGUGAAAUGUUGAACUGGAUUUGAAUAAGUACAUGGUAGGUGGAACAUAGAAGCUGGAAGAUUGCACAUAAUUGUUAUAACUGCUUAACAGAAUUGGUGUAACUGUAGGAGCAUAUACCUGCUUGGCUUGUGGAUUGUACAUUUUGCAAAGAGCUCAAAGCUUCAGGAAUUCUGUGUAGACAGGCUUGAGCCUGUGUCCAUAACUUUCCAAGUUAACACUAAAAAAUUGCAGUGCAACCUUCUUACCUCAAGUAAAUCAUAUCUGCCUAUUAUCUAGAACACUACUGCUGCAGAUUUUUUUUUUCAGAUUUAAAAACUUAGUCCAAAAUAAAGAAACAUUUACAUCCGUUGUCCUCCCUACAGACAGUCCUCCCUACUGCACAUGUAAAAUGUACAAGAGCUGAAGAUGUCAACAGAGCCAUUUUCUUUAGUUCUACCUUAUAACUGAGUUUUCUGAUUGAUGUGAUACAGGGAUUUUAUCUGGGGUAAAGGCACUGAAAAUAAAUUAGAGGAAAUUACCAAAAAUCCCAGAAUGGCUUUGACAGAAUUGCCAUUUCAAAAGAACAGCUGAAAUCCAUUUUUCAUGUUUUUGAGAAUGAGCUCAAUGAAAUCCUUAUUUUGUAAGGAGAUUUUGUAAACCUUCCUCUGAGCAAAAGUAAUUCCAAAUGGGAAGGUCUGUAUGUAUGUGUGUGUGUGUGUGUGUGUGUGUGUGUGUGUGUGUGUGUGUGUGUGCAUGUGUUUUUUCCCCUCUGAAAUUAAUUUAUUUUCUCUCCCUGUUGGAAUGUCUUCUAAGGCCUUCUUUUAACACACACCAACUUUUUGAAGAAUGACUUUUAGUAUUGAUAACUUGCUAUUUAUGGUGGCUCCAUGGUUAAGCUUAUUUACAGUUCAUCUAAAAAUAUUCAUACAGUAACAUUUAUUAAUAAACCUUUUGGAUUGUUUGAAUAAAACUUAUAGCAGAAGGAGCUUAAAAAUCUAUGUUUGUUAUUCAGGUUUAUUGAAAUGCUGUUUUAAAAUACAAUUUAUCUUAAAGAAAAUUUGAUACUUAUGUUGGAGGUUCAUUAAGUAAUAUAUUUUUGAAUUAAUAGUAUACCAUUGUAAGAAUAAGAAAUGGAAGUUUAUUAUAUUA